GCCAUUAUGUCACUGCUCCUGUCAAUUUGAUUUUUGUUUUUGCGAAAUAAAAUAACUUUUUAUUUUAUUAAUGUGAACAAAAAGCAGUUUGUUUGAAUAAUAUAAGAUAUAAGAAAUGUCUUCCUUACAACCCAUUCACGCUCUCAGUCUAGAUUCAGUACAGCAGCAAACAUUUAUAAAAUACUUCAAUUCACUGCCUGAUAAACCACCGACCACCGUCCGAAUCUUCGAUCGUAAUGACUACUACAGUGUGCAUGGCGUCGACGCUCACACCGCUGCUAGAGAAGUUUUCUCAUCAAUUUCAAACAUCAAAAGGAUGGGCAUAGAAUCCAACAAGCUGGAUUACCUAGUGCUUUCCAAAGGAAACUUCGAGAUUCUCAUUAAAAAAUUACUCUUGGUGAGGCGUUACCGAGUAGAAAUAUACGUUGCCGAGGGAUCAGUGAAAAACAGCGAGUGGUCACUCAAAUACAAAGGUUCCCCGGGAUGUCUGUCGCAGCUGGAGGAUGUGCUAGGCGAAGGGUUGGGCUCAUCUGAUGAGAGCUCGCCUUGUCUGAUGGCGGUAAACAUUAAGACUGAUGCGGUUAGCAAAGGUCGCUUGCUAGGUGUAGCUUGUAUCGUCCCUGGUGAUUAUCAGAUUUCAGUAGUGGAAUUCACCGAUGACGAUCUAUUGACCGAACUGGAAACGAUUACAGUACAAAUGGCGCCCUCCGAAUGUCUCGUGCCACAAACUGAAAAUGAAGAUUACAAAGCUUUAAAACAAGUAAUGGCGAGAGCCGGUGUGACUGUAACAAAAUUGAAGAAAGCUGAUUUUUCCACGGAAGGUUUGCAUCAAGACUUAAACAGACUGUUAAAGUUCAAGGAAAACCAACAGCAAGACGCGAACGCUUUCCCUGAGACUAGAAAGGAACACGCCAUGACGAGUUUAGCUGCUGCAGUGAAAUAUACUUCUUUGUUGAAUGACAAUACCAAUUUCGGAAGGUUUCGUAUUUCGACGAUCCAGGCGGAUUGCUUUCUCCAUUUAGACGCGGCUGCUUUAUCAGCAUUAAAUGUUUUCCCCGAGUUGGGAGAUUCUUCACAUGCGCCUUCUAGGAGUUUACUCGGAUUGCUCGAUAGAUGUCGCACACAGCAAGGAAAACGUCUCCUUGCCCAGUGGUUACGUCAGCCGCUUAGAGAUAUAAAUCUAAUCAACGAGCGCCUCGACAUUGUAGAACUGUUGGUCAACAGUUCUCAGUUAAGAUUACAACUGCACGACGACCAUUUACGUAGGAUACCUGAUCUGCAAGCACUGGCGAGAAGACUUACUAGAAAGAAGGCUAAUCUACAUGACUGCUAUAGGAUUUAUCAAGCUAUUAAAAGGCUACCCGCCUUACUACAAUGUUUGGCGGAAGGAAACAACGCAACGGUGCAUUCUUCUCUAUCUGAACCGAUAUCUGAAUUGAAUGACGAUCUAGAUAAGUUCCAGCAAAUGAUAGAAACUACUAUGGAUAUGGAUGCUGUUGACAGAGGCGAUUAUCUUGUAAAGCCUUCUUUCGACGAUUUACUGCAAAACUUGAGUGUCCAAUUGGAACAAUUCCAAUUAUCAGCUGAAAGGGAAUUGAGCAAAGCUGCUAAAGACUUAGGAAUGGACGCGGGGAAGACUAUCAAAUUGGAAUAUAACGCACAAGCUGGUUUCCAUUUCAGGGUUACUUUAAAAGAAGAAAAGGCACUUCGAGGCAAUAAAAAGUACACGAUAAUAGACGCUGUUAAAGGCGGCGUAAGGUUCAAAACUAAUAAAUUGGAAGAAAUCACAGAGGAGUAUACUCACACAAAAUCAUCAUACGAGAAAGAGCAAGACAAGGUCGUCACUGAAAUCGUCGGAAUCGCUGCUGGUUACUCCGAGUGCUUAUUUUGCUUAUCCCAUAUCCUAUCCCGGUUAGAUGUCCUAGUGGCAUUCUCAGUGGCGGCUUCCACUGCACCUUAUCCUUACUGUAGACCGGUGUUUACUGAAAGCUUGAAUGAAUUGGUGCUGAAGGAUGUGAGGCAUCCGUGUCUUGAAGUACAGGAGGGAGUCUCUUACAUACCUAAUGAUGUAGUCUUCAAAAGAGAUAGUUGUGUAAUGCACAUAGUGACAGGUGCUAAUAUGGGCGGUAAAUCGACAUGGAUGCGAUCAUGCGGCGUCGCUGUACUGAUGGCUCACGCUGGUUGUUUCGUGCCGGCGACAUCGGCGGUAAUACCGAGAUUGAGAGCUUUAGCUGCUAGAGUGGGAGCCGCUGAUAGGGAGGAUAAAGGACAGAGCACAUUCAUGUUGGAAAUGAUCGAAUCCGCCGCUAUACUCAGGACAGCUACACCGGAUUCUUUAGUGCUCGUCGAUGAGUUGGGGCGGGGUACUUCCACAUACGAAGGAUGUGGCAUCGCCUGGGCUAUAGCUGAAGAGUUGGCGACGAAAUCUAAAUGCUUCUGCCUAUUCGCGACUCACUAUCAUGAGUUGACUCGCUUAGCUAGUAAACAUCCGGGUGUUAUAGUCAAUUCCCAUGCAGAAGCGUCGGUUGUAGAUCAACAAUUAUUAUUAUUACACAAAAUAUCACCGGGACCGGCGACACACUCCUUAGGUUUGCACGUUGCAAAACUAGCUGAUUUACCCGAAUCUAUUAUUGAGUAUGCUGAAGCAAAACAAGCUCAACUAGAAAUGAAUCUCUUUGAAGUGGAAGCUGCAGUUAAAUCUCAAGAAGUUGAAGAUGGGCAAAAACUAAUACAGGAUUUCUUGAAGAAAUGUAAACGAAUUCAAGAGUCAACCGUGUCUGACGACGCUAUGAUGAGCGAAAUAGGGAAAUUGAAACAGAAUCUAUUGCAGCAUAAUAAUAAAUACGUACAAACCUUAAUGGCUCAAUAGAUAACUAAUUUAUCAUUGAAAUAAAUGG